CUCUUCCUUCCGUCUUCUUCCAUCCUUUCUUCGGAAACCUACUCAGAAACGUUUCCAUAUUUCAGUGGCAUGGCUGGACAACAACAGCGUUAUCGAGGCGUCCGACAGAGGCAUUGGGGCUCUUGGGUCUCUGAAAUCCGCCACCCCCAACUGAAGACUAGAAUAUGGCUCGGCACAUUCGAAACGGCGGAGGACGCGGCGCGAGCCUACGACGAAGCAGCCAGGCUCAUGUGUGGGCCAAGAGCUCGGACCAACUUCACUUACAAUUCCGACGACUCACAAUCAUCUUCUUCCAAGCUUCUCUCAGCAACUCUCACUGCUAAAUUGCAGAGGUGCUACAUGGCAUCACCUCAAGGGGCCAAAAUCCCUUUAGCUACAGAUUUCCAACAACCUCACUACUCUCCAAAUUUUGGCACAGUUGAUGGCAUGGCCGCAAGAAAUUGCCAGGUGGGUGUCGGAUCUCCGGCGAAGAGACGACGGCAAGUACAGGGAAAAUGGGUGGGUGGGGAAGAUGAGGAAUUCAAAGUUCUUGAAGAUGAUCAUAUCGAGCAGAUGAUUGAGGAGUUGCUUCAUUCUGGAUCUAUUGAGCUUGGUUUUGUGUAAUGUUGCAACAUCGAUAAUGGAACUCUACUUUUUGUGCCUUCUCUCCA